GUUCCUUUUYAGUUUACCCCGGUAGGCCGCAUAGUUGUGGCACACCUGUUGAUUGGUACGACACUACGGUACCACUUUUCCACCUGUAUCAGAGAACGCCAGGUAAAGACGGUCGGCAGUACCACUGCGAACCACUUUCGGUAUUCGAAGAAACCCGCUCGUAAACAUUCAAUUCAGUUGGUGUAGUGGACGCGCGCUGUUUCAGAUUUUCGAAAGUUUUUGGGUGCCAGAUUUUGUACGUGUUGGUGAGUGGCUUUCUGGAUUUUCACGUGAAUAGUGAGUGGCAGAAGCCAAUGUGGUGCAUGUUGAUCUGAGUUGUGAAGCCUAAUUGGAUUAAGCACGUGAUCUAGACCAAUGUUGGCAAUGGAGCGCCAGCAUCGUCGCUAAUAUGAAAAGCUACUGCGCUGAGCCGUAGAAACUCGAAAAUGGCCCACAAUCUGCGACUAGUUGGAGUUUUGGCGGUGCUGCUCAGCACUGUCCAGGCUCAAGAGCAGGCCGCCCCCAUCUGCUAUGGACCUGGCUCUUUGGCCACAGCAAUAGUGCUGACCUUUUUGUUCACACUGUUGCUGGUUGGAGGCGUUCUCUAUUUUCUGAAGAGGCGCGCUGAUGCCAAGAAGGAUAACCACCUCAUUCUGGAAACGGACCCCGAAAGAGGCGGCAAAGCCGAAUACGCAUUUGAUAAUCCAGGCUUCAAAGAUGCCACCCUUAUUUCCACAACGGAACUAUUCCCGAAAUCCGAGACAAAGCCGAAAAAAGCCCACUGGUCCCCAUUCGCAGGCCUGACGCUCAAACCGGACAAAAAGCGCGCUUUGGACGACAGCGCUUUACAGAGCAAUGAGGUGAAAGUGGUGGAGCUGAAGAGCCAGGACUUCACCGGGCUGGGUUUCACCAUAUGCGGCAACAUGAAGGAGGGCAUUUACAUCAGGGACAUUUUGCAUCGCGGGCCUGCCUUCGAGUCUGGAAAACUCAAUCCAGGUGACCGCAUUAACAGCGUGACCAUCAGCUUCGAGCACAUGGUCUAUGAAGAUGCCCUGAACAUCCUCAGCUACGCCAGUCCUUAUGAGGUGAUCAUCGAAGCAAAGGGCAGCAGAAUGAUUGCCUUCACUCAAGGCCAGGGCCAGACGCCAGUGCAUCCGAUCUACAGAAGCUCCAGCCUGGUUGACCUGCUCUAUCCGGAGAAAUCAGCGAAAAAGAAGCUCUACCCGGACGAUUACUCGUCCGGCUCCAACUACUCGAGCCUGCAAAAGUCCCGCAGCAACGUGACGACGUUGGAGCGCAAAGAGUCCAAGUCCCCGCGCCCCAACCAGUCGAAGCCGAAGAAACUCACGCCGGAAACCCUCAACAGCCACUUGGCCCAAUCCAUAGCGGAGGAAACUCGGAAGAGCAACGGCCAGCUGCAGCAGGCGCAGAAGUUCGGGGUCAAGGUGCUUCCCAUCGACACGCCACAGAAAAGCCCCAAGAUUUUCGAGCAGAACCAAAACAACGUGAACAUCGAGCGGAACUUGCAGGAAGAGGUCCAGGGCAUUGACGAAGUGGAUGUAAAGCCGCAGGCGAAGAAACGGGAGAAAAAGUCGCCAGACCCCGGCUUCCACAGGAACGACUCGGGAAUACGGCGCGACCCCAAUGGGAUUCCUCUGGAGAUCCCCGAUCACAUGAACGAUGCCGCUCUGAUGGCGCGCAGAAACCGCAAAAGCGCUGCUGUAGACAGCGACGACGCCCCAAGAAAAUCCAAAGGCAAAGCCCCGUCUCCUCCCCCUGGGGAACUGAAGGCAAACUUCUCGCUAGGAGGAGGCAAGACCAGGGCCUUUGAGGAUCUGAGCGCUUUGGACGGCAACGACUCCUCCCCGAUGGCACCUUAUGGCUCAGACUCUGAGGACGACCAACAGAAUAUGUCUUCAGUGAACACCAUCGAGCUGAACGCGAGCGACAUCACCAUCCACCAGACGGAGGACGAAGCGCACACGUCGCGAAAAACCGCCAGCACGGGCGAUUUGACCAAAAUGAAGAAAUCGCCCCGAUCGAACAACGGCACCCUGGAAAGGGCCCAGAGCCUGGACAUCACCGACACAUCCGGAUCGAACUUAUCGAAGAAACGAACCUACGACGCGCGCGAGAACCUGCUGAUCGACAGAGAACCCAGGCUGUCGCUUAUCUUAGAUGGCCUAACGAGCUUCCAGAGGGACCGCCUGAAAACUUCCACCGAAUGGGGCAAUCUAGAAGACGCAAUUCUCAGCCUGAACCGGGACGAGGAAGGUCGCGGACAAAGACGCACAUCUGAGCCGCAAUUCAACGCCGUUAUGGACCGGGUGAUUCAAAUCAAGCGAGAGAGUCAGGAAAUCGACAUCCUACCGGACGAGGUGAUCAGGCAAUACCAAAGAAGCGCCUUGCCUGCCGAUCCGCCGGCCGAGGUGGUGAACAAACUGUGGCCGGACGAGCAGGACAUGGUCCAGUUCGAAAAAUCCGGCUGGAAACGGCUGGAGAAGAAGCCGGAGAUCACCAAACGCAGCCUAGAAAUUGACGAGGAACCGUACAACAAGCGCCAGCCGGUGCCGGUUGUGCCCGAAAGAACCAAAUUGAAGAUCAGCGAUCAACCAGGGGAGAAAAAAAUGGAUGUGGUGCGAGGGCCAACCUCCCCAGCCAAACUGGCCUCCAGCUCGCUAAUCUGCGCCAAUCCUCCCUUGACUCUGGAGUAUGAGUGCAUCAAGCCAGUGCCUCCCAAGCGCGAAAAGACCCCCGACAAGGAAACAGUCAUCAACCUGAACAGCAAAAUCGGCAAAGUCCCCCCAGUGACUUCCUUCGAGAAGCAGAACAUAUCAGAAAUGUGCUCCCAGAUCGCCAAGGGCCGCAAUGGGGAGAACCAGAUGAUCAAGGACGAAUGGGAGGUGGACGCGUUGCAGAACAUCUCCCCGCCUGCCUCCAUGACCUUAGUGGACGAGGUCAUGGACAGCUACAACAAGAACUAUGGAAGCUUAGUCACAGUGGUGGAUAGUGAGCCUGCCUCCAACGACGUUAAUCUCCCGGAUGAAACCAAGAGCGUUUGCACCGUCAAGAACCUUACAGCCAAUUUCCUGCUGAACGAAAGAACCAUCCAUGAUGCCAACACGAACAUUCCCGAUGACCUCAAGGUGUCCAGGGGCUCCUUCGAGAGCCUGGAGGCGAAGCGCGCGGACGAUCAACCGAAGUCUGAUGACGCCAAGAGUGAGGACCUGCUAGUCAGCCAUGUGACCGUCACAGAUAAUGGAGCCUCUAAUCUGCACAGCUUGGAAUUGAGCAUCAACAACGAGCCCAGCGACUUGUACUCCACUGCUCUAGAAGACUCCCUGGGACUGUCCACCAGCAAUGAUGUCACAGUUAUCGUAUCCAGACCCAAUAAGAUCACAGUGAAGAAAAUUGAAACUGGACCCAAAGAGCCGCUGGUGGAAAUCACCGAAAGCUCCUUCUCCAAAGUGACGAAGGGCCCGGACGAAGUCCCCGUCAACGUGUACGAGAGCAAGCAGAUGAAGAUUGAGGACGGCGCUCAUCAGGACGACUACAAAGUGGAGAUAACCGAGAGCAAGUACUCAACCUUUGAGGUGGACAAGCCGCAGCUGCAGGCCAUGGCCAAGUCCCUGCAUAUGGAGGAGCCAUUGGUGGACAGGCCUCCGAAGGAGGCUGCCGCUUUGCAGCCCCUGCUAAGUGAGCCAACCCAGGAAGAAGACCAGCAGAGCUUCAUCACGGAGAUACAGGUGUUGACCCCCAAUAAUGUGUCCGAAGUGAAAAUCGGCCCAGACAGUGACGACCACCUGGAGAACGCCUUCGAGAACUACGUAAAGUCCUUCGAGAGCAAGCUGGGGAACUUUGAGAGCAACAUGCAAAGCUUUGAGGACAACUUGGAAGAUUUCAUCCGCGAAGAGCCAAAGUCGAUGAUUUUGGACGAAAGAGCGGACGUGGAACGGCAGGUGAGCAAAAUCCAGGAACUAGCCGAGGAGCAGCUGAAGACGCUGCCGGAGAUGCGGUUCUCCACCUCGAGCUACGAAAGUGGCGGGCGCAAAACCCCAGAAAAACGCCACUCUUUCGAGCUGCUGCGGUCCAAUUUCGAAAAGACAUCCAACGACAAAAGCCCCCAAAGGAGGGACAGCACAACGCCGCCCAAGUCCCGAAUCCCCAUUUCCACCACCAUGAAAACGCCCCCGAUGAGUCCAGAGAGACGCGACUCCAGAAAUCUGGACAAUGAAAAUGAGCGCGCGCUGUUAGAGCUGAUGUCUUCGUCCAGCAUUCACUCCACUCCGUUCCAGUCGAAAAUCAAACCGCCCACUACCAAGAACGUUUCGGUCACUUCCAUUAAGAACAACUCGAAGGCUCCGUCGGGGUUGCCGACCCUGAGCAGCCGGCCUCCGAUACCGCCGCGGAAAAGCGAGGAUAAUGGCAAUGGAGGAGUGGAAAGCAGCUUUAAACAGUGGGUGUUUAACCCCAGCAACGUGACCAAUGUGACUGUAGGCAAGGAUAAGUGAAUUGAGCUGUGAAGUGGGCACUUGUACGCUUUGAACAAACGGAACAACGUUAGAAUUUUAGUUACAAAUCCCUUCAGAAAGCGUCCGAUAUGUACCAAAACUAAUUCGUUCCGUUCGUCCGAAGCGCCUUUACCUUUCAUUGUUUUUUACGACUAUAUACCUCACUAAGGAACUUGAAAAUGCUCAAAGCAGAUGAUUGAAGGUGCUGUACUUAGGCAGAUUUUCAAACACACAUGGUAUGUGCCUUAUUAGGAUUAGGCCAAGACUCUGCGCUAAUGCUCAGAGCACAGAGCAUAUUGUAAAUUAGCGUUUGUUUAACCGCGAACCACUUAUACGCUGAUUGUUGUUGAUUUUAAGGUUGCAACUUUAUAUGUGAGAUGAUUUAUUUAACUAUUUUAUAGGCCCUUGAACUAUUUCAAUGAUAAUCUCGUCGCGUUUUAUAUUAUUUUAUUUGUUGAUAAAUUAAAGACAAUAUUUUUAAA